AUGGCCGAGAGCAAACCUGUUGGAACUCCAACUGAAAAUAACCAUCCUGAUGAUAAAUCCAGUGAUCCACUAGAUAAGUCUAUUCCAUAUCGAUCAGCUGUUGGAUCAUUGAUGUAUCUGGCAUGUGCAACCAGACCGGAUAUUGCAUAUGCAGUGUCAAAAGCUGCCAGAUCGAUGUCAGAACCAACAUACGCUAAUUGGACAUCUGUGAAGAGGAUAUUCAGAUAUCUUCGAGGAACCUCAGAUCAAGGUUUACUCUACACCUCCUCUGAAGAUGAUGUAUGUGCCUAUUCAGAUGCUGACCUGGCAGGCGACAUUGAAACCCGAAGGUCAACGAGUGGCUUCGUAUCCUUGAUUGGUGGUACUGCUGUCUCUUGGACUUCUCAACUCCAGAAAUCUGUGGCGCUGUCAACUACAGAAGCCGAGUUCGUCGCAUCUAGUGAAGGAGCUAAGGAAUUAAUUUGGCUCAAAAGGCUGCUGAGUGAAAUUGGUGCUUAA